CACUCUCUGUCUGAAACCCUUCAUUGUAAUCACUAAUCGAACAGCCACAUGUACUCGGACCUGGUUCUCGAUGCCAGUGCAGCAAGAUGCCACACGCUAGCAGGAGGGGGGAGGGGCGGAUGCGGUCUGGCGGAUCGGACAACUCUUAGAGGGGGAUUUGUUUCUGUCGGCCUCGAGGGGCUUUGGGGACAGACGAUUGGUAGAAACAGGGCUGGGAGUCGGUCGGACGCUCACGCUCAGUUACUGGCGCGUUCGCAGCGGUAUAGGAGGAGCUCGCGAGACGGUCAGGCCUGGAGAGGAUCGACUUCCGUGUCGCUUAUGAGAGAAGGCGGGGUGCAAGAGCCCCAGCGACUGAAUUGGAACUCGCGAAGCACCGAUCGGAAAGCCACAAAUAAACACUCGGGGAUGGCUAUGCUGAGAAAGACUGGGUGCGCAGGAAGAACAAGGGCAUUGAUGAUGAUUCCGGCGUCGAAAAUGGACAGGCUAUCACGAGAGGAGAUGGUGGUGACGGGGCUGUGGCUGAAGCGCGCUCGGACGGAAAGGUAAGUGUGGGCUCGUGGAACUGGAACUGGCUGAACUCCUGCCUGGGGAAGCGCCGCGCUCAACUACGGCCUGCAACUGCUGCGAGAUCUGAUCUGGACGGGCAAGUGAGGAUAUCGAGAGCGGCUCAACUAAAAAUUAUUUCUACGUCCACUUCCAACAGCCGAUGGCUGGCAUUAUCAGGCCACUGUAAGGGGUCCCAACGCUGCUUCAGCCGCGUACAAGGAUUCCAGGGCACUUCGUAUCAUUCGGCUAAUUUUUAUGACGCAAACAAGUCUGGCAUUCAUUAAGGAUCAGGAACC